AUGCAGCAGUGCCCAACCAACGGUUCAACGAUGCUCACAUCACUCCUCAUGCUUGGCAGAGCACUGCAUAUGCACCCCACGUGCGAAGGAUGGCGCGGUAGUCCAGCUGGCUUAUCUCAUUACUCGUCACUGCAUCUGCACCUCUUAUCUCGGCAACAUUCCUCGCCUUUGCCCACACAACGCAAACCAGCAGAGCCUCCAAGACGCCAAGCCUAUCCGCCUGACACUCACUGCAACUCAUCCCACGCAGGUGUUUGUUGGGUCAAGCCUGGGAAUGGGAGCUGA